AUGACGUCUGUUUCAAACACUUCAGCCCAAUCACAAUCUACAACCAAAACCGAAAAUGUAGCUUCGCUUCGCUCGGCAAGGAAGGUACAACGUGGUUUGGUUACAAGGAACACUAAUCGAUUGGAAAUCCUACUCUCUGAUUUUGACAACAACCACGACAAGGUGUUAGCUUUCAACGAGAUCGCCGAUCUGAAUGAACUUAUCAACGAACGACGCGCCAAACUGCAAGCCGUCGACGAGGACUUACGUCUCGCUAUGCAUCACGAGGGUGAAGAAGAGUCAACUAUCGAAAAAGAAAUGGAGGAAAGCUACGAUUAUACUGAUGAACUAUCCAUGAAAUCACGUAGAAGGCAGCGACGCAUCGACGCCAUUGACCCACGCAGACAAGCACCGAACACAGGCUCCAGCGCCGGUUCAACUCCACGCAGCAACCCAUCAGCUAGUACGCACAGAACUGUGAAUUUGCCGAAAAUUGAAUUACCAACAUUUUCGGGCAAUGUAUUGGAAUGGAUCACAUUCUAUGACACGUACAGGUCUACAAUUCACGAUGAUAAAACACUCGGAGACAUUCAACGAUUCGCAUAUCUCAAGGGGGUAUUACGAGGAGAAGCCCUACUCUUGAUUUCAAGUUUACCGCUCACAGAAGUGAAUUACGCCCAAGCGCUCGCACUUCUCAACGAACGUUACGGACAGAAACAUAUGAUUAUUUCCGCUCACAUGGAAGCUCUAUGGCAGCUGCAGUCGCCCACCGACGAUGUUACGAGUUUACUACGCUUUAAUGACACGCUCGAGUCCCAUAUCCGCGGACUGCAAGCCCUGGGAAAAGAUGAAUCCACGUACGGCGAGCUACUAGUUCCCAUGAUACUACGUAAGUUGCCUAAUAACAUUUGCACACAAAUUGCUAGAAUCCUCGGCAACAAAGCCUGGAAUAUUGUCGACCUGAGAAAAGCUAUUACUGCCGAAAUACAUGCUUUACAGGCGGGCCUGACAAAUGUCAACAAUGAAGGUCAGACUCUUGGGGGUCAAAUGUCACGACUCUCAAUAACCGCUUUUCACGCGCCUACUUCUGGGUAUCGUAAACAACGACAUGCAGUGAGACAAUGCUUAUUUUGCAAAGGUUUACAUAACCCCAGCGAUUGCACAACAAUCACCGAUCCAAAAAAGAGACUUGACAUAGUGAAGAGGGACAAAUUAUGCUACAACUGCCUUGCAAAUCACUUGGUAAGCAACUGCACUUCGAAAUUUAGUUGUAAACAUUGCGAACGGAAACACCAUUCUUCGCUGCAUUUCAAUGAUCGCCCAGCACGGCAAACCAGCUCAAAUAUGUGUGUGAGCACUCCAGCCAGCGACAGAAACACAACGCAAGCACAGAGCAAUGAACAUUCGGCAAAUGGAUUAACCACUACACGCGCAAAUGACACACGCGUUCAUCUUUCAACUUCACAAUUUCGCCAACCUACCGGACCUGUCCUAUUAAAGACAGCCGUGGUUCCUGUUACUGCCAAAUAUGGGAACAUUAUUUAUGCCAAUGUAUUAUUUGAUGAAGGGGCUACAAGGUCAUUCGCUACUACCAGAUUUGCAGAGAAAAUCAGCAUGAAGCCCACCACCCAUCGAGAGACUGUCAACCUAUCAACAUUGGGUCAUCAGGACAAGUACUCAAGAACACUAUUUAAAGGUGAGAUCCAUAUGCAUACCCUGACUGGUGACAUUGUAUCUAUAGAACCUCUUGUUAUACCUGACAUAUCUAACAAUCUGACUCACCAUGUGACACCUGACUUACUUGAUUUGCCAUAUUUACGUCAUCUAAACUUGGCUCACCCUGUAUCAAUCGAUCAGUCAUUUGAUAUAGAUAUUCUAAUUGGCUUAGAUUAUUUUUGGGAGAUGGUCGGAGACCGUGUCAUUCGAGGAUCUGGACCAGUUGCUGUGAAUUCUAUUUUUGGGUAUAUUUUGUCUGGGCCUAAAAAUAAUGGCCAACCUAACUCAAAUGCUCAAGUUUUGCAUGUAAUCACAGAUACUCAGUAUGAGGAGAAAGCUAUAGCCUCAUAUUGGGACCUGGAAACUAUUGGCAUAUCAGCUGACGAAUGUAAACAAAACAAUGUUGACAAACACAUUGACUAUGAAACAUACAAAACCACACACUUACGACGUGAUGGUGGUCAUUAUGUAGCUAAGUUGCCAUGGAAACAAGAACAUGAUGAACUACCUGUCAACUAUGAGGUCACUCUGAACCGCACACGCAACAUGGUACGACGCCUACCUAGUGACAUACUUCCUGUGUAUGAUAGACUAAUUCGUGAGCAAGAAUAA